CCUCCCAGCUGAGAGACUGAAAGUGCUGGCGUGCCUGAACAGGCUGCAGCAGCAGCACAUGGACGUGAUGAAGGUUUUUAAUGAUCCGAUUCAUGGGCACAUUGAAAUACAUCCGCUGCUGGUCCGGAUCAUCGACACACCGCAGUUUCAGCGCCUCCGAUACAUUAAGCAGCUGGGUGGCACUUACUUUGUUUUUCCAGGAGCCUCCCACAACCGCUUCGAACACUCCAUAGGGGUGGGCUACCUUGCAGGAUGUCUGGUUCGUGCACUGAUGGAGAGACAACCAGAACUGGACAUAACCCAGCGAGAUAUCCUCUGUGUAGAAAUUGCUGGGCUUUGUCAUGAUUUAGGUCAUGGGCCAUUUUCGCACAUGUUUGAUGGAAGAUUUAUUCCACAGAUUCGUCCAGACUCGAAGUGGAAGCAUGAAACUGCUUCUGUUAAAAUGUUUGAGCACUUGAUCGCUUCCAAUAACCUAGAAGAAGUCAUGAAGUCGUAUGGUCUUGUCCUGGAAGAAGAUAUGAUCUUCAUCAAGGAGCAAAUAGCAGGGCCCAUAGAUGAAGCCGCUUGUGGGAGAUCGUGGCCCUACCGUGGUCGACAAAAGGAGAAAAGUUUCCUGUAUGAGAUAGUAGCUAACAAAAAAAACGGCAUUGACGUUGACAAAUGGGAUUAUUUUGCAAGGGAUUGCCAUCACCUGGGAAUCCAGAAUAAUUUUGAUUAUAAGCGAUUACUUAAAUUCAUUCGGGUCUGUGAAGUGAAUAACCAGAAGCAUAUCUGCACCCGUGACAAGGAAGUUGGAAAUUUGUAUGAUAUGUUCCACACGCGGAUUUGCCUGCACCGGCGAGCGUACCAGCAUAAGGUUGGCAACAUCAUUGAAAUAAUGAUUACAGAAGCCUUUGAAAAAGCAGACAAAUAUUUUGAGAUACAAGGCUCUGGAGGAAAAUCGUACCAGAUAUCGACAGCAAUGGAUGACAUGGAAGCCUACACUAAGCUAACUGAUAACAUCUACCUGGAAAUUCUGCACUCAAGUCGUCCAGAACUAAAGGAGGCACGAGAAAUUUUGCACAAAAUAGAACGGCGGGAAUUAUACAAGUUUUUAGGAGAGACUCAACCUGAAACAAUGAUGGAAAUUGUAAAGAACAACAGCCUGGCAGAAAGUGUUGCUAAUUCCAAACCAGAAAAGAAUCCUCCAGAUGUGGAGCUAAAGGCUGAAGAUUUCAUAAUUGAUGUUUUCAAUAUGGAUUAUGGAAUGAAAGAACAGAAUCCCAUUGAUAACGUUCUCUUCUAUUGCAAGGCUGAUCCUUCCCAGGCGGUCAGGAUCGCUAAAGAGCAGGUUUCAAAGCUUUUACCCAUGACGUUUGCGGAGCAGGUUAUCCGGGCUUACUGCAAAAGUCAAGAUCCAGAUACUGUUUCAGCUGCAAAGCAGUAUUUUAUUCAGUGGUGUAUAAAUAACAAUUGCACCAAACCACAGGAUGGUGACGUGGUUGCCCCUCAUCUAACUCCAAUGAAGGAAAGCUGGAAUAACAUGAGAGGUGAUGAACGCAGGAUAGCUUCAGAACCCAGCUGCAAGCAAAGGCUUCCUUUUGAUAAGUAA